UUAAUACACUUUCCAUUUGAUAUAAACAAUGGUGAAAUUAUUAAGGAACAAUCUAUUGUGUGUAUCCAAAAAUGUAUGUACUAGAGAGAACCAUGAAAUUAAGUGGAUAUAAAAAAUAACGAGAAAAAGUGACGUAACCUUAAGGUGUUCUAACCUUGCAGUAGUACAUCUGAUAAGAAUCUUUUCCUGUUUCCUUUCCAU